AUGGCACCCACGCCGGCAAAGGAAAUCAAGGUGCUCGUCACUGGAUACGGGCCGUUCCGGUCGGUGGUCAACAACCCAUCCUGGCUAGCCGUCAAGCCCCUGCACAAUCGACGUCUCGACCUAUCUCAGCCUCCUUCAUCGCCGUCCGGACUGGCGACUGCAACGCCUCGCCAAAGCUCGACAUCGAACGUGGGUGAGCCUCAGCAGGCGCAGGCGCAGGCGCAUAUCCAAUGCAUUCAGCUUCCGGUCCACUAUGGACAUGUCCUCGACACGCUACCCCGACUCCACGGUGCCUCUGCGCCUUACUCGCCCGAUGCCAAGCUCUGGUUCGACGCACGCUGCGAUUCUGCUUCGGGUCUCGCGGGCGAAGAGGGCAAGCCUUACCCCGAGGGCUAUGCCAUCGAGCCGCCCCAGGGCCAAGGCGAGGCCUGGGAUGUCAUCCUCCACGUGGGCGUGGGCGCUCGAGGUGGGUUGGAGUGCGAGAGUCUGGCCCACAAGACGGGCUACCACCUCCCCGACGCUGGCGACUGUCUUCCGCCGCUCGUGGACGGUGUCGCCGGCCGCGCAGAGGACGUUGCGCCUCAGGAGACCGAAAAGGCCAUCUCUUCCUCGCUUUCGGCAAGGGACGGCAAGGUCAGAGGGUUCGGACGGGGUUACGAGCAGUUCGACGAGGUGCAAAAGACUCCGGUCGACGUCGACGGCCUCGUGGCAUGGCUCAAGCAGCAGGGCUUUGAAGAUGUGAAGCCGUCGACGGAUGCCGGCCUGUACCUGUGCGAAUUCAUCCUGUACGCCUCGCUGUGCGAGGCGGAGCGGGCGGCGGCAUCGAGCGGGAGGAAGAAGACGGAUGUCAUGUUCCUCCACGUCCCGCCGGUGGGCGAGAGGCUCGACACGGCGACCUGUACCGCUCUGAUUGAGCGCGUCGCCUGGUUCUGCGCCCACAAGCGGGCGCUUUGA